AUGUCCGGCCUUGACCUUGCCACCUCACAGACCGAGUGGCCGACGACUCCCGUGCCCGACGCAGUCAAGAAGUUCAUCGACGAGUUUUUCAUCGUCAUGGACAACAACACCCCGGACGCGGGCGAGAGGCUGGCAGCCGACUUCUUCACGCCCACUGCAAGCUUUACCAUAACAGGUGGAACAUAUGUGGGCACCGAAGAAAUCAAAAUCUCCCGCAUCGCAGCGUGGAAAGUGGUGACAUCCAGAGCCCACCGAUACCUCAAAGUCUACACCUGCAAAGAAGACGCUUCGGAUCUCUUGACGAUCGGACUGGCUGACAUGGGCCUCAUCAACGGCAAAACCCUACAAGGGAAUUUCAUCAGUCGAAUCGUCUUCGAGGAUGUGAAUGCGCCGUAUGGGGAGCUGAGAAUGAAGCUCUUUCAGGCCUGGGGGGACUCCGGCCCGCUCAUCAGAGCACUGCAGGAGGGACAGUGA